AGCCUCUCUUUGGAAUUCUUUAUUACCAGUGUCUUCCCCCUUCCCAUUUUACAGAGGAAACUGAGGCACAAGCAGAGGGUCAGGGAUGGGGGAGAACCGCAGGGGCCAUUUCAGCCCCGACUCGGGAUUAGGACAGCAGCUGUGGACCUCCUCCCAGCAGCCCAUUUUCUCUUCUGUUCGCCUGGAGAAGGGUUCAGCCCUAGCAUGGCUCUAGCCUGCCCAGACUCCCGCCCCGCCCCGGCAGGGUGCCAGAGCCAUCGAGACGAGCGGCCUCCGAGCAGCACGGGAAGUGUGCCCGGUGGGAAGAAGAGGCCCUCCCCCCCACCUCCCGCUGGUCCUCAUGACCCUGGCUCCGCCUCCCCUACCCCAAGGUGGGGGUCCUGAAAUCAUAGAGAUGAAGCCCAGAAGGGCCACGGAAAAGCACUAGGUGUUCUGGUUCCUGGCGGACCCAUGUGACCUUGGCCCCGCCCUCACCACCCCAACCACCGAGACGGGUCGGCCUCCGGGCAGCCUAGAGCGCACCGGAAGUGCGCUGGGCAGGCGGGGUAGCGGCUCAUACCCACGAGCGAGCGGAGGCACUUCCUGUCUAUCCCUUGCUGGGCGCACGUGGUUCGUGGGCGCACGUCCCGAGUGGGGACAGCGUCGGGCCGUGGGUUCAAGUCCCGGCGCGGAGCCGAGGGCGCUAACACCUCUCCCCGGGGGCUGUUAGAAGGAGUUGUCAGUGGCGCCUCCCCCCGCGUGGGUUUCCCCCUCCCCCGGGCAGCUCUCUGGCCCCCCACCCCACGUGGGUGACCUGUGGGGGGCGGGGCCUCCUCCUGUGGAUCUUCUCUCCUUUCUGGGUAAGUGUCCCCUCCCUUCAUGCGUGAGCUCCCGGUGGGGGCAUCUCCCCUCCUCCUGCCCACCCCUGAGUGUCUGUGGGGGGUGUCAGCGGUGCCUCCUCCCGUGGGGUCUCCCAAGCCUGAGUGGGUGCCCCGUCCCCUACGAGCCUUGGGUGUUCUCUUUCCCGCGUGUCCGUGUCUCUCCUCAGAGCCGGGGUCCCAGAAUCAGGAGCAGCAUCGGACCGAGCCCCGCUGGGUCGGGGGCUGCGGGAUGGCGGCCACUGGGGCCUCCCGACCCCGGCAGGUCUGGGGUCCGGCCCCUGGGAUGCUAACUCCGAUGGAGCAGCCUGUCCCAAGGACCCUCUUCUUUCCACCUGUGAAGGUUGAGCCGGAGGGGAUGACUCAGGAUCUGCUGUCCAGGGGAGAGAACGGUGAUGAGGACAAGACAGGGAAUGGAGAGACAGCAUUGAAGCAUGAAAUUGUAGACAGCAAUGAUUGGCUUUUCCAAGCAGAAGACAAAGUAGACAUGCUUAGUGAACAUGGAAGCUCUUUUGUCCUGAAUGAAGAAACAACUUUGAAACAGAGAAUCCUAGAUCAUAACAACCAGCUCUUCCUCCACACAGAGGAAAAACCAGGCCUGCUUAACAAAUAUGAAGACUUUUUCAGCAGCCAGAAUUCCACCUUAGUUGGAUUUAAUGUAUUCCAAACUAAUGAGGCGCCAUAUGACUGUGGAGAACACUUUGUUACCGUGUCCCACCUCACUCAGCAUCAAAGCAUUCACACUGGACCAGGGCGCUACGUAUGUUAUGAGUGUGGGAAAAGUUUUACCCGAAGCUAUCACCUCAUCCGACAUCAGGUUAUUCAUACUGGAGAGAGACCCUUUUCAUGUAGAGAGUGUGGGAAAACUUUCAAGAGAAAAUCAACCCUUACUGAGCACCAGAGAAUUCACACUGGAGAGAAACCUUAUAGAUGUAACAAAUGUGGGAGAGCGUUCAGUCAAAGCCAAGAUCUCUUGGAGCAUCAGAAAGUGCACACUGUUGAAAAACCUUACAAAUGUGAUGACUGUGGAAAGGCUUUUAGUACCAGCUCAAGCCUCCUUCAGCAUCAGCUCAUCCACACAGGAGAAAAACCCUACAAAUGUGGUGAAUGUGGGAAAGCCUUCAGAAAUAGCUCAAGCCUGCUUCGGCAUCAGUUCAUCCACACAGGAGAAGAGCUUUAUAAAUGUGACGAAUGUGGGAAAACUUUGAGUAAUCGCUCAAGCCUUUUCCAGCAUCUAAAAAUUCAUUCUGGAGAGAAACCCUAUCAUUGUAAUGAAUGUGGGAAAGGCUUCAUUCGUAACUCAUACCUCAUUGAACAUCAGAGGAUUCACACAGGAGAGAAACCCUAUGCAUGUAAGGAGUGUGGGAAGACUUUCCGACGUUCCUGGUACCUCACAGAGCAUCAGAGAAGCCAUGCUCCAGAGAGAGCAUAUAGAUGCACUGAGUGUGGGAAAGCCUUCAGAGACAGCUCAUGUCACUUCCAUCAUCAAAAACUCCACACGGGAGAAAAACCCUUUGGUUGUAAUGAGUGUGGUAUGGCUUUUGGGCGCAAGUCACGGCUUCUGGACCAUCAGAGAAUCCACACUGGAGAAAAACCCUAUGAAUGUGAAAAAUGUAUGAAGAGUUUUAGCCACCGUUCACAACUCCUUGAACAUAUGAGAACUCAUACUGGAGAGAAGCCUUACGAGUGCAAUAAAUGUGGAAAGUCAUUUACUAGGAAUUCUGGCUUUAUACGUCAUCAGAAAAUCCAUACUGGGGAAAGGCCCUAUGAAUGUAACCAGUGUGGCAAAUGUUUUAGCAAUAGUUCAUUUCUUAUUGAACAUGAAAGAAUCCAUACUACAGAGAAACCUUACAAAUGUGAAGAAUGUGGGAAAGCUUUCUGUAAGAAAUCAUACCUCACUGGACAUCAGAUCACUCACACCAAAGAGAAACCCUAUGAAUGUCAUGAAUGUGGGAAAUCCUAUAAUCGGCGUUUCCGUCUUAUUGAGCACCAGAGAAUUCACACUGGAGAGAAACCCUAUGAAUGUGGUGAAUGUGGGCGAUCAUUCAGUCGAAGUGCACUUCUUAUUGGACAUCAGAUAAUUCACACCAAAGAGAAGCCCUAUGUAUGUAAUCAAUGUGGGAAAGCUUUUAGUCUGAGAAAACAUCUUGUUCAACAUCAGAGCAUCCAUAAGGAUGAGAAACCUUAUGAAUGCAACGAAUGUGGAAAAGCCUUUAGGCACAAAUCUACAUUUCGUGAUCACCAGAAAGUUCACACUGGUGAUAAACCCUGUAAAUGUAAUGAGUGUGGGAAAUCCUUCAAUCGGACCUUUCAUCUUAUUGAACACCAGCGGACUCAUACUAAAGAGAAACCCUAUGAAUGUAAUGAAUGUGGGAAGUGUUUCAGUCGAAGCUCAGUCUUUACUCAGCACCAGAAAAUUCAUAGUGAAGAUCAUAAACCUUUUGAAUGUAAUGAGUGUGGAAAAUCUUUCACUCGAAAUUCCGUCUUUAUUAAACACCAGAAAAUUCACACAAAAGAGAACAAACCCAAUGAAUAUGGGAAAUCCUUCAGUCAAAACUCAGUCUAUAUUCAACAGCAGGAAAUACAUACUAAAGAGAAUCUAGAUUAAUGAAGAUGUUUUUGUUGCGAUGUCA